AUGGCAAGAAGAAAGGAAAAAAAGGUUUCCAGAAACUUGCAACAGGCUUUCCACCAUUCUAAAGAACCCACCUUCCUCAUCAACCCAGCCGUUCUGUCUGGCGACUCCUACACCAGCCUUUUGCCAGAAAUAGAGCUCGUCAAUCGUGGUGAAAGAAUAAAGACAAACCCUCAGAAAAGCAGACCUGGAACUGUGAUACUCUCAAAACAGUCCGCUAGGAGAAUGAUGUCGGAAAGCCAGCCCAGGCCCCCAGUGAUCCCAUCCCGCAGGCCUGGAUUCCGGAUAUGCUACAUCUGUGGCCGAGAAUUUGGGUCCCAGUCACUCGCUAUCCAUGAGCCUCAGUGCUUGGAGAAGUGGCGUGUGGAAAACAGCAAGUUGCCCAAGCACCUGAGGAGGCCAGAACCCUCCAAACCACAGCCUCUCGGCGGCGCUGGGACCUACACUCUUGAAGCUAUGAAUGAGGCAGCUUUCGAGAGUUCUCAGGCUCAGCUGCUGCCCUGUGAAUCCUGUGGCCGCACGUUCUUGCCAGACCGUCUUCUCGUUCACCAGAGAAGUUGCAAGCCGAAGGGUGAGGGGCCCAGGGCACCAAAUGCCAACAGACCUAAUGAUCUUACUGGUCUUAAGAAAGCUUCUGGUGGCAUCCCAGCUCGACCAAGGACUCUCAUCUGCUACAUUUGUGGUAGGGAAUUUGGCACGCUCUCCCUUCCUAUUCAUGAGCCCAAAUGCCUGGAAAAGUGGAAAAUAGAAAAUGACCGGCUCCCCAAGGAGCUCCGCCGGCCACUCCCACAGAAGCCUCAGCCCCUUUUCACCGGACAGGGGCCAAGUCCAGCUCAGCUUGUGCCCUGCCCAAACUGUAGCCGGACCUUUGCCCCCGACCGCCUUCUGGUGCACCAGAGAAGUUGUAAAGUUCAACCAAGUAGACCACAAGUUCAGAAUUUGACCUUAGGGGGUAAAGGUGGCCUCAAAGAGCCCACUAAUUUCAAGCAGCAAAGGGAUAUGGCAGCAUCCACGGUGACUGAUAAGCCAACAAUGAUCAGGCGUCCAACAAUGAUCAGGCGUCCACCAACGAUUAUUUGCUACAUUUGUGGUCGUGAAUACGGAACAAAAUCGAUUGCCAUCCAUGAGCCACAAUGUCUGAAAAAAUGGCAUAAUGAAAACAACUUGUUGCCUAAGGAGUUAAGGAGACCGGAACCUAAAAAACCUGAAGUCAGGACCAUUAGUGCCAAAGGUUUCUAUGAUCUCGAUGCCUUAAACGAAGCUGCUUGGACAAGUGCCCAGAGCCAGUUGGUUCCCUGCAGUACUUGUGGGCGUACCUUCCUGCCAGACAGACUGAUUGUUCACCAGCGAUCCUGUAAACCCAAAGUCACCAAGUAA